UCUCUUGCUGACACAGUUGUCCAUAAAUAAAUAUGAGUCAAUAUUGUGGUUGUGUUAAUAACUAUGCAAAAGUAUUAUCAAAAUUUCUAAAUAAGUAACCUGCAAUCGGCGUGGAAAUGAGUGCUACUAAAGUUCCAUCUGAGACUCACCCCUCAGAAAGGAAACCGGACGUUGAUCAGCUUGACCCAGUUAUUGAAGUGAAUGAAAAUGUAGGAAGUGAACUUUUCGACCGUCCUCACGAAGAAGGCGAAUUUGAAGAAAUAGAACCGUUAAUUUUUGGACAAAAAAAUAUAACAGAGCCUUUGUCGUUGGAGGCUUUAGAUAACGCAAUAUAUGAACUCGGCGUUGUUAAUCUCUGCUGGCCAGAUUUAACCGAGCCAGUAUUCGAAACUCGCAGUUGCUUUCCUAAAAGUUACUAUACCAACACCAAUAAAGAGAGGCUGUUGUUGGCAUAUGCAGAAAAUUUUCGACGACAAUUUCACUUCCACUACAAAUUUCGAAAACCGCUGUUUUUACAAGCUCCGAAUGAAUGUGGCCUACAGAAAAUGGUGUGCUCUUCAAUACGGCCUACAAAACUUUGCUUCGCGGAGACAAAUACUUGGCAGGGUCUAUCUUCAUUGGUUUCGGACUAUUUUGACUUUGAACCGUUACGAAAACCAAUGCUGCACCCGGAGCGUCUAAUGUCUCCCUUCACCGCAAUCGUGAGGCGAAGCGGUAACCCAUUCGAGCUUGCCCACGUCCUGGUCUCCUGGUUGAUUGGCGCCGGCUACGACGCCUACGUGGUCGUCGGUUGUGCCAAACGUGACGUAUGCCUGGCAAUCCGAUACAGAACUAUUUGCCCUGAAUUGCCAAAUGAAAACGAGGUUAUCGAGGAGCCUCCACCUCCAACAGAAGAACCGAGGUACCGGCUAGUUCCACUACCAGACCUCACAUCGAAGUACUGCAAAGAAAUGGAUCAGAAAGAACAAGACAGGAAACAGAGAGAACUAGACAAAAUAGAGAACGCGAGGCUCAGGAGAAUAGAGGAACUUGAAAGACCACCUCCUGACGAUGUAGACGGCUGGCGUACACACGCUUGGGUGAUUAUCCUACCAGGGUUUAAGGGGAUUGAGGCACCAUUCUUUAUAGAACCGAGUGAUGGGACUGCGUAUCCACUGAACGCUCCACAAUAUCAGCACCUGGAUAGCGUAUAUAAUCACGAGAAUUAUUAUGUAAAUCUCCAAAGUUGCGACGAAGGUCUCGGCUCAAUCAACUACGAACUCAGCGAUCUGUCCUGCUGGGAGCAUCUAUUGGCUGGUGAACCGUUUCAUCGGAGGCAGCUAGUCGGUAUAGACUUGGCUGAGAAGAAGACCGCCGUUGAUACUGAGAAGCAUCUGGACGUGCCUGCGAGUUGGGUCGAGAAAUUAGAUAUCACAGCAGAUGAAUUUGAGCAAAGAUAUCCUGGCAGUCACAAAAUAAUACAUUACAAGAAAGUUUUGUUGGAGAAAUUCUCGCCAUACUCCGAAAGAGAUGGAGUUAUUAAGAGAAUCAAAAUAUUUGAAGACUACGCACUGAACGUACCACUUUUUACAUACGAAUGGUACAAACACCGUGUAGAUAAAAUGGAGACGGUGAGAAUCGAUCACAUAAAGAAGGAGAUAAGGGAAACGUUUUCAGUCGGGAGACGAGAUCAUCUUAUAAAGCACACAUAUGCUAUCGACGCUCCGACAACAUCGGUGGAAGGCGAGCGUACUCUGGAAUUCAACUACUACGCGCGACUCGACCACCUCAACAAGCUCAUCUGCACACGGCUUACGUUCCAAGAAUACUAUACUAACAGGAACGAUAGGCUUGAAUGCAGAUACAUUACAUACACGGAAGCCACAAAGACAGAGCCUAAAAGACAAGUUAAAGAUAUAGUCGAAACCUUCAGCCGUAAUACUCAUAUACCAGCGAAGAAUGACAUCUGGAAGAAGAUAUUUCAUGUCCAAGAGAACACCAUUGAAUUGCUGUACCAUUAUGCAUACAAUUUCGUUACGAACAACACGCGUAUGUUUAUUAAGCCUAAUUUGGCUGAAACCGGUGGAAAAAUAUUGUUUUAUCCGGAUAAAACAUCUGGAUAUAUAGCAGAUCCAUGUGGCAACCAACCUCGUCCACUGGACGUAUACUACGCUCUCUGCGAUAACAUGGAAUAUGAGAAUAUGUCGCGCAAGCACAUCCGAGAUCGAGAGACAGAUAUUAAUGACUACUUGAAACUAAGGUUACGAGAACUCACUGAACCAAUACUGUUUGUCGCUCUGUUUGAUACUGAGAGGAAUGUAGCUGCGAAGAAAGGAUGGAAGGAACAGGUAACUCAAAAAGCUGCAGUGACCGAACGUGAAACUGAAGCGGAAAUAGAUCCUCUCGCACCAUACUUAGCGCGCAUGUUCGGUUCAGGGUUCGGUACGAGCUCUCCAAUCACGGUGAAGGAAGCUACAUUUGUCAGGGAGCAGUGUAUAAACGACUUCAGAGCCAAGCAACUGGCCAGACAGAAUCUUGUGCAAGAGAGGUUUGAUAAGCUCAACACGGAGUACAAGAACAAGAGGUUGUGGUAUUUAGCGAAUCAGUUCAUUCUCUCGCCAGAAAAGGAAAGCGCAUAUUUUGUUACGAGCGCGGAACUGGCCUUCCAAGUUCACACCCUAGAGGUUCGCCUGACGAGACACAAGGAUCUAUCUGCCCAAAGGUUCAAGGUACUGGAAGAUUAUUUGGCGAAGCAUCCUCUAUUGAAAGAGUUCAAUCGAUUGCGGCACUACUAUCGAAUGAAAUGAGAAAUAGAAUACUUUUAUUUACUGAAAUAAUUUACAAUUUGUUUUUGAUGAAAAUAUUUUAUAAUACGUUAUUGGUGAACUGUUUUAGUUUGUUGUUGAAUUUGUUGAAAAUUUUAAUAUUAAAUUGAUUGAAUUAAU